CUUAUCCUCUCGCGAUAUUUACCGAGUAUCGGAGCUAUGGCAAUAGAGAACACAACGGGCAACAAUGAUUUCUCGACGAUUUACACAAGAGACGGUCUGGCCAACGACUCGUGUCCGGAUCACGACAGUCCUCGGGAGAGGGUCUUUAAGAUAAUAGUCAUCGGGGAUUCAAAUGUGGGAAAGACGUGUCUAACUUACCGCUUUUGCGGUGGUAAAUUUCUCCAAAACCCCGAGGCAACAAUCGGGGUAGAUUUCAGAGAGAGAACCCUGCACCUCGAUGGAGAAAACAUAAAGUUGCAGAUCUGGGACACGGCGGGACAGGAACGCUUCAGGAAGAGCAUGGUGGAGCACUACUACAGAAACGUGCAUGCCAUCAUCUUUGUGUACGACGUGACCAGCCUGGCUUCAUUUGAGAGUCUGCCCGAGUGGAUUGAGGAGUGCAGCCGUCACUCAGUCCCUCCAAUGGUCCCACGCAUCCUAGUUGGGAACAAAUGUGACUUGAGAGGAGCGAGAGAGGUGUCCACAUUUUUAGCUCAGCGACUAGCUGACAGCUACAACUUCCCGCUUUUUGAGACGUCUGCAAGAGACCCUGCGGAAAAAGAGCACGUCGAUGCCAUUUUCCUCACGCUGGCCUACAGGCUGAAGAAUCACAAGCCGCUGAGACUGAAACAGCCGAGUGAGAGCAACUUCUUACAGCUCGCUGGUGGACAGGAGGAGAAGACAUCCUGUUUGUGCUAGUGCACUUUGGCCCGUACAGUUUCAUGCAAUAAUUUAGGGUGGAGUUCUGUAUGAAGUUAAGACAGAAAGAGUGACUGGUAGAUAUACAGUACAGUAUAUGUCUAUAGGAUUGCAUUUGGAUUGUGCAGUUUACAGAUUUCUUUGGAAACAUAGACUGUGGAGCAUUUUGAGGGUUUAACUCACAUGCAGCAAGGGAUGCCUAUAUGUCUUAUUACUACAUAUUAUUAUUAUUUAAGAGUGAAACAUGCUCAAUGUCAUGAAGACCUCAUUCAAGAGAGACUGUUAUAACAUUUUCAGUCUGUAAUAACUUUGCAUGUUGUUUCAGUGUUAUUAUUCCACAGGUUGUCGCUGUGAAACUUCUAAACGCAAUCUUGUGCAUGUCUGAUGUAUAUGAAAUAACACAUUGGUCCUCAUUAUUGUGCACCGUGAGCGUUCUACUAUGCUUGCGGAUACAGAUCAAUUACUAUUAUAUUUAUUUUGCACUUGAUUCUCAAUUGUAUUUCUUUUGAAAGCAUAUAUUAUAUCUAAACUGAACCAGACAGACUGCAUAACUAAAGCUAUUAAUGACUCCAUCAUAAACACUAGUGGGUGCCACUGUCAAAGCAUUCAGAGCAUUAUUAUGAAGCAAAGAGAGAUAAAAAAAAAUCUUUAUCAUAAAUGUGAGCACAUAUUAUCCCAACCUCAAUGUGAUGCAUUUGUGAAACACAGUAAUAUACAACAUAUUAGUGUUUUCUGUCAUCUUUUACAAGCAAAUCAAUGAGACUUCAACACAUCUAAAAAGGCUCGAUUUCCAUCAUUUAUUUAUGUUUUUAUUCACGGCCCUUUUUGUGAGCAGUAGCAUUUGGAAAACAGGGACUGUAUUGCACUUUAAAUUGAGAUUGUAUCAUAUCUGACGUUUGUCUUGA